UACUGAGACUACAAUGGCAUGGUGGAAGGCCUGGAGUGAAGCAGAGGGCAAGUCCGUUACAGGUGCUUUAAACUUUGACCCUGUACCAGAUGCUCAUACUCUGUACAAGGCCAUGAAAGGGCUUGGGACUGAUGAACAAGCCAUAAUUGAUGUCCUAACCAAGAGGAGCAACAUGCAGCGCCAACAGAUUGCCAAAUCAUUCAAAGGACAGUUUGGAAAGGAUCUGAUUGAAAGCUUGAAGUCUGAAUUGAGUGGCAACUUUGAGAGACUCAUUGUGGCUCUCAUGUACUCCCCACUCAAGUAUGAUGCCAAGGAGCUCCAUGAUGCCAUGCAGGGUGUGGGAACAAGUGAAGGUGUUAUUAUUGAGAUCCUGGCAUCCCGAACAAAAGCACAGAUCAAAGAGAUAAUCAAGGCAUACAAAGAAGAAUACGAUUCUGAUCUAGAAGAAGACAUAAAAUCGGAAACAAGUGGCUACUUUGAGAAGAUUCUCGUUUGCCUUCUUCAGGGUGAGAGGGACAACGCUACACUCUAUGUGGACACAGCUCUAGCUCUCCAGGAUGCAGAGACUCUCUAUGCUGCUGGGGAGAAGAUACGGGGCACUGAUGAGAUGCAGUUCAUCACCAUCUUGUGCUCAAGGAGUGCCACGCACUUGCUGAAAGUGUUUGAAGAAUACCAGAAACUGGCUGGUAAGAGCAUAGAAGACUCUAUCAAGAGUGAAACUCAUGGUUCACUUGAGGAUGCCAUGCUGGCUAUUGUGAAAUGCACCAGGAACGUGCAUUGUUACUUUGCAGAGAAGCUGUACCAUGCUUUAAAGGGGGCUGGUACCUGUGAUAAGACUCUUAUAAGGGUGAUCGUAUCUCGAAGUGAAGUUGACUUAAAUCUUAUAAAGGCUGAAUUCAAGAGUAUCGCAGGAAAGUCUCUCUCCAGUAUGAUUUUGGAUGACACCAGUGGCUAUUACAAGACAGCCUUGCUGAAUCUCUGUGGCAGUGACUGA